UCCAUGUGCUUGCAGGUUUCGUUAGGUUAGAAUAGAAUGUUUGCAAUUGAAAAGUUGGAGAAUAAUACUGUCCAAACAUGUCUAUAAACGAGAUAGAAUUAGACGAAGAAAACGAGGUAAAACCGAAAAAUUUUUAUGAGUUGGAAUUAGACGACAGGCUGUUGAAGGCUAUUGCAAAAUUGGGCUGGACAGAGCCUACAUUAAUACAAGAAAAUGCGAUACCUCUUUUACUCGAAGGGAAGGAUGUCUUAAUUAGAGCACGCACAGGUUCAGGCAAGACUGCUGCAUUUGCAAUACCACUUAUUCAGAAGAUUUUAAUAAAUAAGCGAACACAAAAGAGACAGGAAAUUAAGGGCCUGAUUGUUGCACCUAGCAAGGAACUGUGCAAGCAAAUUUAUGAUGUUGUUAUGUCCCUGACUGUAAAAUGCUACAGAGAAGUCAGAAUAAUUGACAUUAGUCCACAAACAGAUUUGAAUGCACAAAAAACAUUACUCAACGAAAUGCCAGAUAUUAUUGUGGUUACACCAGCUCGAUUAUUGCAGCAUUUAAAAGCAGGAAAUAUGAUGCUGAAACGUAGCCUAGAAACAUUAAUAAUUGAUGAAGCUGAUCUGCUGUUUUCAUUUGGAUAUGAAAACGAAAUUAAAGCUGUCUUAACUUAUCUACCAACUGCAUAUCAAGCAAUUUUAGCAUCUGCCACAUUAUCUGAGGAUGUUAAAGCCUUGAAAAAAUUAGUUCUGCACAAUCCUGCAAUUUUAAAACUCGAAGAACCACCUUUGGCUCCUCCAACACAAUUAAGUCAUUAUACUUUGGCAGCAGAGGAAGCUGAUAAGGCUGCCAUCUUAUAUGCUUUACUGAAGUUACAUUUAAUUAGGGGAAAAACUAUAAUCUUUGUAAACACAGUUGAUAGAUGUUAUAAAUUGAAGUUGUUUUUGGAACAAUUUGGUAUUCCCACUUGUAUUUUAAACUCCGAAUUACCGGCAACAUCGAGAUGUAGAGCAGUCUCGCAAUUCAACAGUGGCACUUAUGACAUCAUAAUAGCAUCAGAUGAGAAGGCAUUAGAAGAGCCACAUGUAAUAAAAACGAAAAAGGGUAAACGAAAGAAGGAUAAAGAAUCUGGUGUAGCACGCGGCAUUGACUUCCAAUUUGUUUCCAAUGUAAUCAAUUUUGACUUUCCGUUAGAUAUAAACUCUUACAUACACAGAGCAGGACGUACUGCUCGCGGAAAGAACCAAGGAACUGCUCUUAGUUUUGUGGCAAUCAGAGAAAGACCACUGAUGGAAACAGUAGAAGAACAAUUAAAGUGCACUUACAAUUGCGAGAAGUUAUUUAAGACUUAUUUAUUUAAAUUGGAAGAAGUGGAAGGUUUCCGUUAUCGUGCAAAAGAUGGUUGGAAAGCUGUCACAAGAAUUGCGGUCCGAGAGGCACGAUUAAAAGAAAUUAAACAGGAAGUUAUGAAUUGUGAAAAGUUAAAAAGUUAUUUCGAGGACAAUCCACGAGAUUUGCAGUCAUUGCGCCAAGAUAAGGCGUUACAUACUGUGAAACUGCAGCCACAUUUAAAAGAUGUACCUGAAUACAUUGUACCACCAACUUUAAAGGGUAUCAUGGGAAUAGGAAAAAGAAAAAGAAAAUUUGAUAGAGACGCUGCAUCAUCCGGAGCAACAGCUGUCAAAUCAAGACAUCAAGCUCGCGCAUCAAAUCCACUGAUAAGUUUACAGAUACCGACGAAAAAAUAAUUUCUUGUAAAUUAAUUCAGUACACUUUAUAAUUUUAUUAAGAUUACACACAGUACAUGACACUCAUGUAUA